UGGGUAAGCCAGCCCUCGAUCACACGGAAGGGCUUUCACCAGCAGCCCCAGCACACACAAACACAUACAGACUCAGCACCGCUCCCCUCACACAUACAGCAAAGAGUGGAGGCAGCAGGCAGGAUUUCUGUGUCAUCAUCACCAGCACCAGCGAUUCACAAUGAGACUCUGUGUGAGCACCAAGGGAAGGACCAACACAGGUAGACAACUCCCUCAGACAACUCACUCAACAGGUCAAACUUAACCAACCUGACCUAUGACCUCUGCCCAGAAAAAUAGAUGCACUCCCACUAACCAUUUGAAACACAAAAACACAUGAGAGGGAGCGAACACAGCAGACAUGAAAAAGAUAUAUAUCGGCAAAACGGCCCUAAAAGUCUCCCGAAAUGGCAGUAAACAUCAGAAAAAGAGCUCUUUGCAGGAACAGAAAGAGGACCUCCGAAAGCGUCUGUCCUACACCACCCACAAGCUGGAGCUGCUAGAGAGCGAGUUUGACUCCACCCGACAGUACCUGGAGACAGAGCUACGCCGUGCCCAGGAGGAACUCGACAAGUUCACCGACAAACUACGCAGAAUACAAAGCAGCUACUCAGCACUGCAGAGGAUCAACCAGGACCUGGAGGAUAAGAUCCAUAGAAAUUCUCAGCACCAUGACAACGAGAAGAGAGCCCUGAGCAGAGAGAUCAUCGUGCUCAACAACCACCUGAUGGAGGCCAAGCUGACCAUUGAAAAACUACAAGAGGACAAUGACCUGUACAGGAAGGACUGUAACCUGGCCGCCCAGCUGCUCCAGUGCAACAAGUCCCAUUAUAGGACACAGCUUUCUGAGUUGCCUGCUGAAUUCCAGGAACGAGUGACCAUGCACAUGGAUGGCUCACCUCUUUGCCACACCAUCUACGCUGACUCCGUCCCCGCCUCCGUCAUCGCCAAGGUAUUGGAGAAGCCUGACGAGGCCUGCAGCGGCAGCCAAGCUUCCAGUUCGCCUAGCCCCCAGCCCCAGGACCAAGGCUUCCUCCUGGACACCCUGGACAGAGACGAGCGCCUGGGCCUCCGGGCAGCAUACAAGUCAGACCUGUACAGCAGUGACACAGCCCUCUAUUGCCCGGUCGAUCAGAACCGCGAACGCAGGCCAAGCAUGGACGUCCACAGCCAGAGGAAGCUGCUCUACGGCCCCCAGAUCUCCACGGACAGUAACCCAGAGGAAGGUACCUUGCUGGGGCUGAGGUCUGGCUUCUCCCAGGAGUGCUUCGCCAAGUUCCCCACCUCUCUGGGCCCCGCCUCAGGCAGCUCCUACUCCAGCUUCAGCGGAGGGGGCUCAGAUGACAACAAAGGAAAUGGCCCUCCCAGCAGCACAGCCUCCUCUCCCCACCACCACUCCCUCUACAUGGACUGGAGGGAUGGGGGAGACUAUGAGAGGAAGAGCGACUCCUCCUGGGAGAAGGACAGUCCCAGUGGUGGAGGCUUCGCCAAGGUCCACGCUGUCUUCCAGCAGGCCGGCGAUCAUGGUGGAGCACACCACCAGAACGGCAGCUCACCCGUCUACAGCCGCACCAUGUCCUCGUGCUUCAGCGAGCCCUACGAACCCCUCCCUCCCUCCUCCUCACCAAGCGUUGCCUACGGAGACAGCCGCCGCGGCAGCACACUGGCACCUGAGGAGGAGGAGCCGAUUGGCCGCUGGAGACAGCUGAGCGCGGAGGAUCUAAACUCCCACUCGUACUGCUCGCCCGGUCGGGCCUCGCCCUACAGCUUCUCUGAGCAGCACUUCUCAGUUCGGCCCGCCAAGAUCCGCCUUGGACCCCUCUACAGCAGCUUCCAGGAGGGGCCCGACUACUACCAGGGAGGGGUAGGACCCAUCAUGGACCCCCCGGUGUGCUUCUCCACACCCAGCCCCGAGUGCAGCCCUGUGGGGGGCCUCCGUCAGUCCCAUCAGUCCCACAACCAGCAGGCCCACCAGACCCAUCUCUACCGGGCCAAGGAGGACAGCCAGGAGUCGGAGCACAUACUUUACCACUCAGGGAGCCCCGAAAACAGGGAGGGCAGCUUUGAUGUGGCGGGGGCCGGGGGAGGAGUUGGAGGAGCGGGACAGACCAAGGAGUACGUGGACAUCAGCCCCAACAGCUCCAAUGAGUCCCUAAACCAGAGGUCCCUGGAGAUGGCUGCCGAACUGCAGCAGCACUACCAGUCCGAGAUGGAGCCCCCUUCGCCCCCAGGCAGUCCACCACCACCCCCGCCACCACCUUGUCCCCCUCCACCGCAGUAUCACAAUUUUGGCACAUUGGGACUUUCGAGAAAGGACAGUCUCACCAAAGCCCAGCUGUAUGGAACACUUCUGAACUGAGAGAAGAAGGUAUUCUGACUUACUGGUCUCUCUCUUUUUAUCCAUCUCUUUCCCUGGUGGGAUGUGAGGUAAGAAGUCUUGGUGAAUCUAGCAAAACAUA